AUGUCUUCUCCUGAAAUUUUAUCACUACUUCGUACGACUCGUGAUUGCAAUUCAUCUCGGCUCAAUUCAUCGAUCUCUUCUCCUGGUGACUCUAAUAAAUUCACAUGUUCUCAAAUUCAGUUGAUGCUCAAAACGAAAUCUAGUCAAUAUACUAUUAUAGACAAUACAGGCAAGCGUACAUCGAAUUGCUGGAAUUCUUUUGGUUUUCCAGCCAUCAUUAAUCAUAAUGGUGAUUUUCAAAGAGUUGAUGGCUUUGUUUCAUGCAGAAAAUGCUUCGCAACAUAUUCAUUCACGUCGAAUAGUACCCGAUUACUCAAUCAGCAUGUUUGUGAAGCUUCAGAAGAACGAAAUAAGAGAUUAGAAGUGAAAUCAACUCCUUCCGCACAACGAAGACUAACUUCAUAUUGUUCAACAAAAAGAGUAACUUUGAAAGAAUCUGAAAUUUCAAAGAUAAAAGAUUUACAAGCUCAAUGGGUGUGUCAAAGUAUUCGUCCAUUUUCCAUCGUUGAAGAUAGUGGACUACGUCGAUUGAUUCAAGAAUGUAUCUCAAUAGGAGUUCGUUAUGGAAACAUCAAUGUUGAUCAAGUGUUAAGAGGUGCAGAUACAACUGCUACAUAUGUUUCCAAACUUGCUGAUCAACACAGAGCUCGUAUUAGCGAAGAAAUACGCGAACCUCUUGAAAAUGAUGCUAUAACCUUUUGCCCCGAUAUGUGGAGUGAUCCUGUUCGUCAGGUUUCGUAUCUUGGAAUUACCACUACGUUCGUCAACGAUCGAUUUGAAUUUCGCUCAUACGAUCUUUGUUGUUCUCCGUUUGAAGAAGACGAUAAAACUGCUGAAAGUAUCCUAGUAGCUCAAACAACGUGUUCUUCUGAUUUAGCGAAUGAUGAUGGAUUUACUUUAGAAGAUCCGACCAAUUGCUCUACUUCGGAUGCUGAUAUUGAAGAAAUAGUCUUUGUUGAUAUAUCAAAAACAAAUGUAAAAGAACUACCUGUUUGUGCUAGAGACGUUCUGAAAGUUUUAAACAAUUGCAAAGAUGUUGUUAGAUACGUUAAAUUAAACGGGUUGAACAAGGAUAUUCAAUCGAAUGGUGGCAUUAGUUUAUGCCAAUCGACCAGAGUUCGUUGGCUCUCGAUAAUGCAACUACUGAACUCGAUUGAUCGUUCGUUCAAAGAAACGAAAAAAGUUCUACAGGAAAAGAAGAAACCAUUUUUAAUUGAUCGAAUGAUAGUGAAACGUCUCAUCAUUUUACUACACCCUUUCAAACAUAUUAUCACAGUGAUACAAAAGGGAAACGAACCAUCGCUGUACUUAGUUCUUAUUUGUGUGUUAACUUUACGAAAGUCUUUGAAUUCCUUCGAAAACUUGAUCAAGUUCCACAAAGAACAUAAUGAGACGUCAACAGAAAAAGAAAAUGAAAGUGAUGAUGAUCAAUAUGAUCUAGAAUCGAGGGAAUCAGAUGGUAUUCGUUUCUUUCGACUUCGCCUAGUUGAAUUACUUGAAUCCAUGUUUACCUUGGAACCAAUCCAUUUCGCAGCAACGUUUCUUCACCCGCGGUAUCGAUAUCUUCGAAAGUGUACGAGUGCUGAAAUUAACUCUUGUAAAGCUUAUAUACGAAAACAAAUAAAAGAAAUAGCCGAACAAGAAAAAAUAAAAAAGAUGAUUCGGAACCGAUGCGCAGAACGAACAACAGAUCAAAACACUACUGGUGAACCACCUCUCAAGAAAAAAAAAAGAUUUGGUCAAGAAUACGAAUCAGGCGACCUUAGUGAUGAGUAUGGUGAAGCAGAAGAUGAAGUCGAGAAAUAUUUAUCAAUGCGCAUCGAUCCUGAACUGAUCGUCGAUAAUCCUCUAAUAUUUUGGAAAGCAAACCAGAAACAUUUCCCUCUAUUGUCGAAAGUGGCUCGUACGAUCCAUUGUAUUCCUGCAACUACAGCUGCAGUCGAGCGUGAAUUUAGUGGAGGUGGACUCGUGAUGUCUGAACGUCGAUCGUCAAUCAAUCCAAACAAUGUCGACAAUAUACUUUUUCUCAGAUCAGUUACUCAAUGA